AUGCGUUACACGGCCGUGACUUGUGGCCCUUCUAACUUUUGGAGAGACGGCUACAUUUUGCGUCCUAUUCAUUACCCUCAGAGAAGACACACAGAGAUGAUGGUUGUCAUUACUAUGUACAAUGAGGAUGACAUUUUGUUGGCUAGAACGCUUAAAGGAGUGUUUAAGAAUAUCAAACAUUUAGAAUCCAAGACAAGCUCCCGCAUGUGGGGAAAGGAUUCGUGGAAAAAAAUUGUCGUUUGUAUUGUCAGUGAUGGCCGCUCAAAGAUUAACGAGAGGGCGCAGGCCCUUUUGGCAUCCAUGGGUGUCUACCAAGAAGGACUAGCUAAAUCUCGUAUCGAUGAUAAGAAGGUUAAAGCUCAUAUGUAUGAGUACACGACCCGUGUCCGUGUUUCAUCUGUCACAGACACUGUGAAAUUGACCACAGAGAAGGUUGUACCAGUUCAAAUGCUAUUCUGUCUCAAAGAGACUAAUGCAAAGAAAAUCAAUUCACACAGAUGGUGUUUCGAAGCCAUUUCCCAGGUGUUGGAACCUAACAUCGUUGUGUUGCUUGAUUGUGGUACUCAACCAAGUGGAAAGUCAUUGUACCAUUUGUGGAAAGAGUUUGACAGAGAUCCUCAGGUUGCAGGAGCUUGUGGUGAGAUCAAGGCAUCGUUGAAAAAAAGACAAAUGUUGACAAAUCCAUUGGUUUAUGCACAAAAUUUUGAGUAUAAAAUCUCCAAUAUUCUUGACAAGCCUACUGAGUCGGUGUUUGGAUUUAUCUCUGUGUUACCUGGCGCAUUUUUCGGCUUAUAG